GGACAGAGCUUUAACGUUUCAUUUUGAAAGGGAUCUCAAAGAAGAACGUCUGGCAUUGAAAGAAGAUCAAAAAAUAUGUCGGAGUAAGGCACAGAAAUAUUUGAUCGAGACAAACAGAAGAAGAAGAGCCUUUGAAGAAAGACGGAAGCAAGAAGAAGAAAAAGAGCAAAAACUUAGAGAACAAAUUCUGCAGCAGAGGAAAAUUAAACUUCAGGAAGCAACUGAUAAGUUCCUGCGUGCUCAUCUGCCUUUUUCUCAGCACAAGGGAAUAGUCCAGACAAAAGCAGCUUUUCAGUUAGAAGAAGCGCUUGAACGAAUUAAAGGAUCAGUUUUAACACCAGGACUGUGCUUGCCCAACAGAAACAAAACCAACUUCAGAACCACAGAUGACACUUCAUCCUCAUCAGCAUCUAGAAACAGUUCUUUCCAUCAGAAGCAGAUUUCAGCAGUGGUUGACUGGGAUAAAACAAUAAAAGAGAAGAGUAGAACAAACACAGAUACUAACCAACUUCUCCAGAAAAAUCUGAAAGAAAUGCAACAACUUCUUGAAAAACAGCAUCUCAGCAACUUGGAGCAUUUUCAUCAAGAAGUCAAGAAAACAGAUGAUUCAGAAAGCUUGUCAAGCCUUGACAGUCUUGAGGCUGGAGAACAAAAUGGAAAUUACACAACACCGAGUGAAUCAUCUUUGACUACACAGUGUGACUGUGCCCUGUACAAUCCAGAAAAAUCACAGACUAGGAAUAAUGGUUUGCUUUAUACAGCUCAGAGUACUUCUUCUAAAAAUAUGCAUCUAAAUAAUUGUCUGAGAAAUGUAGAUUCACAAAACAACCACAACUUACCUAUUCAUGAUCUUUUAGCUAAACAUAAUGUUCUAACUCAUCCUGAACAUGUAAACAAUUCAGAAGAGGAAUCAUCUGCUUCUCACAGAACUGGAAAAAAACCUGCAGAGUUCUCUGCCUCUGGUAAGCAAGAAAGUGAUGCUUUUAGUUUUCUGCAAAAUAUAAAAGAAGAAAGAAGCAAGCUGCCUUCUGGAAUGGCUAGCACAUUGGCCACUGGUCACCCUGUUUCCAGUCCUAGCAAAGCCUGGGCCAGCCCUGACUCUAUUCCAGGAGAAAAAGUUCAGGAUCUGAUGCAAGAUCAGAGUUUUAAAAUGACCCCACAAAAAAGAACUGCAUCUGUGCAAACCUCCAGUCAAUUUAUUGCAACAUCUAUAAUCUCAUUUCCUAAUCAAGGACGUUCCACUUGCCUUCCCAGCACAGCUGAUACAUUACAAAAGGACAAAAACAUCAGUAUGAAGUUUUUAAAAAAUACCUCAGGAAAAAUGACUGAAACAAAAGAAGAAAAUAUUAAAUGUAUUGCUGACCUUAAUCCAGGAUCACGUUUAUUUCAGGAUAUACCCAACGCCUCAGUUCUGCGCAAUGUUAACCAACAGAAUAACAAAGAGGAAGAAAAGGGAAAUAUGGUGGAAACUAUGUCACUGCUGUCUGAUACAGAGCUAAAUUCUGGCAUUUUUUUUCCUGCACAGUGCAACACCCUGAAAAACAAUAUUCUUGAAAGAAAAAGAGCAAGAUUAUUCACAGGUAUCUUAAAGGACUCUAAAUAUGAACCCAGUCAUUUCAAAUCUGUGAUUAUGAACCAUGGGAUCAGUUUUGGCACUCUACCUUUGUCAUCUAUCAGAGACAGUUUGGAACUGGCAAAAAUAAAGAAGAAAAGUGUAGAAAAUGAAAAAUACAAUAGAAAGUUAAGAUGGUGUGAUCAAAUUAACCAGAUAAUAAUAGAAAAUAAUGAUAAAUGCUAUGAAAAAAACACCAGUGAAAUAUUUUCUGCACAGCUGCAGUAUGUCCAAACUACAGAUAAUGCUCCUAAGACGAAUUUAAGUAUUAUUGCUCAACCUUCAAACCCCAUGUUCAUAAAAAAUCAUCAUGAAAACUCUCAUAUAUCAAAACCAAAUGUUAAAACUGAAGAAUCAAAUAAAGAAUGCACAUCUCUGAAUAUAUUUAUGCCUACUGGAUCUUUUUCUGCUAAAAAAGCUUGGAUGGUAUCAAAAGAUGAAGAAAGUAAACCCCCAGUAUGUAGCAAUAAUUCUAAAAUUAAUGAAGUUAAUCAACUCAAAAAUAAGGCAAAAAUAACUAUAAGACCAAGAUCUGUAAGAUCCCAGCCAAGUCUUAUACCCAGGAAGAGAACAGGCACUAUAAUCCGACCACAGUCGACCACUGAAGCCACCAAAACCCUAAAAGCUCCAGGGAAGUUGCUAGCACCUCACCCACCACCUGCACCUCUUCCAGGAAACAGAAGUGGUGAAAACGCAGCCAGCCCUGGGUGGCAGCCACCCCCGCCUUCAAGUCUUCAAGCUGUCACUACAAGCAGGAAUUUUUUUUUUGAUUUAAAUGAAAGGCCUAUUUUGUUAGCAGAUCGGGUUUUCAAUAGAAACUGUACAGAAAAGAGUGAGGGUGUUACUUGUCAUUCGGACUUGGCCACUGCAAUGCCUACAUCUGGCUGCAGCACGGACCAAUACGAACCUUGGGCAAGAAGUACUUGUUCUGUAAAUGGUGUUCAGACAAGUGCCUGUCAAGAUCAUUCAGUGACCUGCACUGGAAGGAGACCUGUUAACACAGAAAAUGGAUUACAUCUCCAUCAUUCCCCAACAGCUGGAAAAAAAUGUACCUCGUGGCAAGCAGCUCAUACUGCCCGAGCUCCAAAAGUCUCUGCUACUGGUGCUAUUCAGCACCAUGUGUCACAUUGCAAUAAUUCACAUAUAACUAAAUGGCAGCCUUUCAAAGCUGAUGUGUCCCAUGUCACUGUUGAUGGCAACAGCCAGAUGAGUAGUUUCAAAUCUGCUUCUAGGAUCAAUGAAUUGUUUUCUUUUUCUGCAAAUGGUGGUGUUCCUGUUAGAAGACAAAAGCAAGAUUUUGACAAUGGUGAAAAUGAGCAGAUUUCAGAACACAGAAGGCAAAUUAUAGCCUCUAAAAGAUGGAAGCCUACUUAUCGUGCACAGAAUUUGUUACGUGCUGUCCAGCUGAGUCCUGUUCAAUCUGCAUUUGAUCCAGUACGAAAUACGAGUAACACCUCUAAGUCUGACGAAGUUUCAGAAAGCACUGUUCAGUUUCUUUUGGCAGAAAAACUAGCAAGUACACCAGUUGCCGAAGAUGAAAUCCUGGCAGCUAUGGAAAGUGUGCAACCAGCCAGGAGUGCACUUUCAAUUGAAGAACAGAAGAUUUUCCAGUCUCUUGAUUUUCUCAAUCAAAGGCUACAAAAUGUUCAAGAAGCCAUUACCAGAAACCCAUCUGCUUCAAAUGUUUUGCAGAUAAUCACCCCUUUAUCAGUAGCUACAUCUGAUGGCUCUAAAACUAACUGUGCUCCCAACGUCAUACUUCUCCUAGCCUACGCUCGUGCAGGUCUUGUUCAAUUUGUUAGAGAUUCCUGUUCUCCAGAUUUUCCCGACAAUGUUUAUGAACACUUGCACUUAAAGAGCAAUUCUUCCUCAGCUCCUCAUGUAAAGAACCCCAGGCUGAAACUUAAUGCCCAGGCAAACCUGAUUGUGAGGAACACUGUAGAAAUCCAAGGCCUGCGAACAAGCAGUAAGGCUCUAGGGUCAAACGAAGACAAGAUUUCAGCGCGAGAUGUCAGCUCCACAACCCCUCUGUGGCUGUAUGGAGUGUGCAGUGAUAAACCCUUUCCAGCUCGACUCAGGAAAAGUUACAGUGGUGGGGCAGACACAGCACUGUCUUCAGCCCAUCAGCUGGUACAAGGCAGCAGCCAGGGAGACUGUCCCAAACGGGUUGCAAAGGGCAGCGGAGCAGAGUCAGAUGAGGGUGUCAUUGACAAGCAGCCUCCUGAGUGCAGAUGUGGCCAGGAGAAGGCCAGG